AUGGCAAGUGUGAGUGGAGAAUUUUUGGUGUUAAGGACAAAGAUAAUCCGGGUAAGUCGAGAGGAUUUCACAAUCACAAAUUGGAGGUAUAUUCUGAAGGAAAUAGGCAAAGGAAUUCUCUUUCGAAAGAGAGAAGAAUAG